ACAAGAUUAUUUGACUGCCAUAGACAAGGCAGUGGUUUUAAGGCUUCUUCGACUAUAAGAUAAAUUUCUCAAAAAAGCAUUCUCGGGUAAAAAUAGGUGCAAAAUUGUUCAAAUGAAGUUUCAACCCCCUCUCAAAGGGAUAUGAUUCGGAAAUUGUGAAAUAAGGAGGCAUUGAUUUAAAAAUCUUUUCUCAACAACCAAUGGAGUAGAAAGAUAAAAGACAUGUACAUACCUAGAAUGAAAUGGCGGGCACUAUCAAUCAAGGUCAGUUUUUGAUUACUUGCGGGCUUUGUGAUAAUUCGACGCAGCAAUACUGCAACAGCUGUCAAAUCAAUUUAUGUGUGUAUUGUGUAAGUGUGCACGUGGAGAAACUGAAGACGACAAAGCAUGAUAUUGUCCCUUACCAGGACAGAGAUAUCAAAUUUACUUUCCGGCUUUGUGCAAAGCAUUCAAAUCAAAGAUGUGAAGCCCAAUGCCAACAAUGUGAUGUACAAGUCUGUAUGAAAUGUAUCAUUAGUAAUCAUAUUGGACACACUAUUGGCGAAAUACCCAAUAUUUUUAAUAUCCAGAGAUUGGGAAUAGAAAAAGACACAUCAGAAUUAGAAAAGGUCCUCAUACCAAAGUACAAACAGAACGAAAAAGAUGUCGAUGCUAAGAUCCUAAAGGUAACGCAAGAGCACGAAAAAAUGGAAAAUGAAGGUGGAAACCUAAGGCGAUUCUGGCAUCAAGAAGUAAAUCGUAUUUUCGAUACAAUUAGAUAUAACAUCAGAUUUUCAAAUUAUUAUCAAACAUCAUCUUUGAAGGCACAUCAAACUAGACUAAGAGAUGAAGUAAUCAAGAUGACUAAAACACUCCAGAACAAUAAAGAAUUUCUGCUGUCAAACAAAGUGCUCGACGUUACCAAUUACAAAUCCCAAAUAAAUAAGUAUAGAGAUAUGCCCAGAGAAAGCGACGUGGAUAUUCCAGCAUUGAAAACUAAUGUUCUUCUUGACCAGGAAAUUAGGGUAGGUUUCGGAGAUUUCGAAGCUGCAUUGACACAGGUCAGGACAUCAGGUUUAAACACAACUUUCCCUCACUUACCCAAGAAGUACCUACUGAAUCCCGUGUUAUUAUUGGCCAAUGUUGCAACGCCAGUAAAGCCGCUUUUCAGAAUUGCCAUUACCGGUACAAAUGAAAUUUGGGUUAGUGGAAUUCGGGACAAAACGAUAAGACGCUACAAUAUAAAAGGGAAAGAAGUCGAUACCGUUGCCACAUCAUGUCCUCAGCAACCUGAUGAUAUAUCGGUAACGAGGAAUGGGGACCUCAUUUUCACCGAUUGUUACAACAGAGAUGUGAAGAUGGUCAAAAAUGAAAAGAUUACUACAUUAUUCAGUACCCCCUGGAGAUGGCAUCCCCGGGGAAUCUGCUGUACAAAAUCGGGGGGAUUCCUCGUGAGUGUCCUACACGUUGACAUGAAACGUCGCAAAAUUCUACGUUAUCAAGAGAAUACGUUGAAACAAGAAAUAGAAAAGGAUGAACAGGGCAACCCAAUUCUUGUUGAAGGCAACUUGAUGGUAUUCCUGGCAGAAAGCAAUAAUGGAGACAUUUGUUGCAGUGACCCUAACGCCCGAGUCAUGCUCGUGAUGGAUAGGUAUGGCCACGUCCGAUUUCGGUAUGAUGGUCAGGCAUCAUUGAGGGAAAAGCCGUUUGACCCUGCAGUCAUAGUGACCGAUUCUGCAAAUCAUAUCAUUGUAGCUGAUAGCAACAAUGAAUGUGUACACAUCUUAGAUGAAGACGGGAAGAUCCUGUUACGUUUGAUUAACAUUGGGUCAAUGCCUGCUGCGCUGGGUUUGGACACCCAGGGAAGAUUGUGGGUUGGUCUGCGCGAUGAAGGCCAAGUGAAAGUUAUCCAGUAUUCAAAGUAGAUAAAAGCUAUGUAUUCUCAGAACUGGGGUACAAUAUGCAGAUUUUGUGAAUCAGCCCCUGGUUGAAAACUUGCAAUGAACUUGACACUUAUAGCAGGUGCUCACUAAAACACGAUGAAAUGCUAUAUCAACAUAAUGCAUCCCAUUUGUUGCGUUUUUCCCCUGCAAAUUCAUCCAAAUACAAAAGACAUAAUAUUUGCAACCGUGUUUAAAUUUGCUGCUCGUUUCUAGCAAUCAUUAAUCAGAGUAAUUCAUUAACAUCUAGGGAUAUGGCUGCUUACAGAAAAAUUAUUUUAAUGCAACAUGUGACAUAUUUGUGGCGGGCGUGUAUUUAUGGAUUUUUAGUAAGUCAAUCCGUAUCCAUAGUUUGUUUUUGUUUGUUUUAUGCUGUUUUUACGUCUUAAGAAUUAUAUCUGAUAUAGAGACGUCCCAGCUAUUGGUGAAGUGCCACAUUUAUGCAUGCCGCUUAUCGUGUCGACACCUGAUGUGACACAGGAAAUCUCCCUGAUGUGACACAAAACCUCCGCCUGAUGUGAAACGGGACCUCCGUCUGAUGUGACACGGGACCUCUGCCUGAUGUGACACGGGGCCUUCACCCGAUGUGACACGGAACUCGGCUGGUGUGAGAUGAAACCGCCACCUAAAGUGAAACGGGACCUCCGCCUGAUGUGACACGGGACCUCCGCCUGAUGUGACACGGUGCUUCCGCCUAAUGUGAUACAGGGCCUCCUCCUGAUGUGACACGGGACCUCCGUCUGAUGUGACACUAGACCUCCGCCUGAUGUGACACGGGACCUCCGUUUUUAAGGUACUAUCAGAAACGUCCGUGACUUUCACUCCUAACGCCAGAUGUUUAUCGAAGGAACAGCCACAUCCUUGUUAAAAGUCUUCUGUUUGAUUUAGCGCCGGGAUCCAGAGACGAACCUGGUCCUCCCAAGGUGGCGAAAUAACCACUCUAACUAUUGUUCUGCCGCGACCGAUCCAGAUUAUAGUUCUCCGAGUGGAGGAUAUUAAGACAGCAUAAUAUUUCGUUAUAACCUGUAAAGCGUGUCAUGAACAGUAUACACUGUAUAGUGUUUCAUCGUUGCUUGGGCAGGUAAACGAAUAAAAAAUCUUAUUUUGAUAAGAUCGCACCUUAUAUCGAACAAGCAUACAAGUCGCUAACGGCGCUCCAUUAAUUGACUGUACUUAAUAUUUCGAAGGUACAUCUGAUGUUGUCUGACCUUGAAAUAUGACUUAAAAUAUUGGUUCCAAGUCAUCAUGUUUACCACUGUGGAAUAAGUUUAAUGUUUCGUUGUUCAUGCAGUUGAUGCAUGUUGUUUUUAAUAAGGAUGAAAUAGUCUUAUUCAGAACUCUAUAAUAUUCAAAUUCAAAUCAUAAAUAUAUAUUCUAAAUAUAACAAUGUAAAUUUCUGUUUGAUAAAUAUAAUUCUAAAAACAACCAAGAAAAGGUAUUCUCUCAUCGUGAGAGGUACCAUUUGCCCAUUUUCGAUGCAAUUAAAAAGCAUCCAAUAUGGGUCAUCGUCUUCUUAUAAAUUACGUAGGGAAAACAUUCAAAUAAUUGUGCAAAUGGAACACAAAAUAACACAGAUAUAAAAUUCAUGUCUGUAUUUGAAAUACUUAUAAAGGUUUUCUGAAUACUAAUGGCUAUCAACUAGAUGAAGGCCAAUUUCGAAUCCUGCAGUCCGAUUGCAGGAAUGUGGUGAAUUGAGUACUGUCGACUGAUCCGAUUUCGCUUACCGAUUACAGAGAUAUACUCGCGUGAUUAACAAAUUUGAUAUGCAGUUUCAUUAAUAUAUCCCUUUUGCGAUUAAUGACCUUGAAAUCAAUGAAAUGAUUUCUUUUAAACAAUCACCGACUAAGUUUUGACAACUACCUCUAUUCAGAUGUCCUACUUUUGCACCCUUUCCAUCGGAACACAAUCCCAAUCACAUAAUUAUAUAAAAAUCAAUUUCUUCCACACCUGUCCAUCAAACGAUACGAGAUUUGAACAUGACCUGUUGUUUGCCACUCAAACUACACUGUAAGUCUCAAAUGAAUCCUUGCAGGCAUAAUGGUUGGUUAUUUGGGUGUUUCAUUUAUGUCCCGUCGAGAAGUUUUCGCAGAAAGAUAAUUCGUACCCUCAAGUAGGACCCAGGGUUACCCUAAUUUAGUAUGACCCCGGGCCACCUUAUUUUCUACACAGUUUACUACGCUGUAAAAAUAGUCCCACAAAAAGGUGAAAGUACAAUGCAUACGAUGUAUAAUGCGCACUACCAAAGAAAAUGGAUAUUGAGCAAGUCAUUAUUGAUCAUUUAUAUGUCAUCUUUUCUAAGCAAAAAUCGUUUAAUUUUAAAAAUGAUAAUUCACUGCUAUCUGCAUCUCUUCACCAGAUUUUCCUAAAUACGACAAUGUGAUAUGAACCUAGCUUAUAAUGAAUACAAUACAGUGAAAGUGAAAUGAACUUGGAAUAUUAUCCUUUUAUUUAUCUAUUUCUUUGCAAUUUAUUUACAGAUAAUUAUAAGAUAAUGUUGCACCUGGAAAGGAGGUGGGGGUGGAAGUGGCGAUCUCUGGUCGCCUUCUGAUUUCAGACAUGAAAAUUAAAUUGUCACUAUGGAUUAUAUUGAUGGUACAACAGUGUCAAGGUGAAAUGCUUAGCUCACCUGAGUCAAAGAAUAAAAUGAGCUGUUUUGAUUUGUAAUUUAUUUUUAUCUACUGGGUAUAUUUUCACCAAACCUUAAGUAGUAAGGGUUAUUUAAUGAAUGUUUUUAGAAGUAACAAACAAGCCUGCCCCCCCCCCCAAAGAACUAAGAAAAUUCCAUACAAAACAAGUCCCAUAUACAUCUAUGAAUAAAGAAAUAAGGAAGACAAUAUACAGAAAAUAAUGCUAUACAACAAAUACCAAUCAAUAGACUCUUCUCAAAAAUGGGAAAGGUACAGAAAACAAAGAAACUAUGUAACCAAAUUAAAAAAAAAUAUCAAUAUAUGCACCCAGGGGUGCAUAAGCCGAGUUGCAUGGGAAACAUUGUAAAGUCAGGAAUGAUGUGGCAUAUUUAUAAAUGUGAAGAACUAAUUUCAGUUUUAAACUUUUCAAGUUACUGUCCAGAAACCAUAUUUGUCUGAAGUUUUCAAUCUAUUUUUGGUCACUGUGACCUUGCCCUUUGACCUUUUUUUUCUCCAAAAUCAAUAGGGGCCUUGCUUUGCUGGUAUCCAACAAUAUAACCAAGUUUCAUUUGAUUCAAAUUAAAAAUUUUCAAGUUAUUCUCCGGAAACUAAUUUUUUUAAAACUUUAAAUCUAUUUUCGGUCACUGUGACCUUGACCUUCGACCCAUUUUCUCCAAAAUCAUUAGGGAUCUUUCUUACCUGAUACAUAACAAUAUCUGUAAGUAUCAUUUGAUUCGGAUUUAAACUUUCUGAAUUAUCUACCGGAAACCAAAUAUUUCUGAAAACAUUUUUCAUUCUAUAUUCGGUCACUGUGACCUUGACCUUUGACCUUUUUUCUCCAAAAUCAAUAGGGGUCUUUCGGACUUAGUACCCAACAAUAUAUCAAAGUUGCAUAUGAUUCUGAUUUAAACUUUCUGAGUUAUCAUCCGGAAACCAAAUUUUUCUGAAAUUUUCAUUCUAUUUUCGGUCACUGUGACCUUGACCUUUGACAAUUUUUCUCCAAAAUCAAUAGGGGUCUUCCUUACCUGGUACCCAACAAUAUAUUAAAAUUUCAUUCGAUUAGAUUGGAAACAUUUCGAGUUAUCAUCCGAAAGCCAAUUGUUGACACUCAACCGCCCGCCCGCCCGGAAACCAAAUAUUUCUGAAAUUUUCAUUCUAUAUUCGGUCACUGUGACCUUGACCUUUGACAAUUUUUCUCCAAAAGCAAUAGGGGUCUUCCUUACCUGGUACCCAACAAUAUAUCAAAGUUGCAUUUGAUUAGAUUGUAAACGUUUCGAGUUAUCAUCCGGAAAGCAAUUGUUGACGCCCAACCACCCGCCCGCCCACAUCACCAAACCAAUAGCCGAGUUCAACUUCGUUGCAACUCGGCUAAAAACAAGUCUAUAACUCAAUACUUCAUUGAAAAAUAUUCAGGAGGCCCAAAAUCAACACUUUUGGCCAAUUGUCGAGCCUUUUCUAACAAACAAGGUAUGUGCCACACAUAAAGAUUUAAUUUUCUCAGAAAAUAACACACUUGUAAAUUGUCAGGAAGAAAUAUGUGACAUUUUUAAUGAUUUUUUUCAUAAACGCUGUCAAAAAUAUAGGAGAUGCAGAACAGGUGGAUGACAACCAUCUAAGUAUCCCAGCAAUCACAGCAAAUACCCCUGAAAUAGCACCACAAAGCUCCUUUUCCUUUCCUGUUAUAAAUGAAGAUUUUGUAAUAAAGAGUAUUAAAAAAAAUAAACUUAAAAAAGUAAGAUAUUGAUGGAAUUUCUCCGAAAUUUUUGCACACUGCCAUGCCAAUUAUCAGCAAACCUUUAUGUCAAUUAAUCAACAUGUCACUAUCAACAUCAACAUUUCCAAAUAAGAUUGAAAUAGCGCAAGUGUCUCCGGUGUACAAGAAGAAUAGUUCAUUACAGAAAGGCAAUCAUAGACCCGUGAGUGGCCUCCUGAAAUCUCUAAAAUCUUUGAAAGAGCAAUUGAAAGUCAGUUGACAACAUUUUUGAUAAUGUCUUCAAUCCUUUUUUGGCAGCUUUUUGAUCAGGUUUUGGAUGUCAGUCAACUUUAUUAAGAGUAAUUGAAGAUUGGAAACAGACAUUGGAUAAUAAUGGGUACCCAGCAGCAAUUGUAAUCUAUUUCUAUAAAUCUUUUGAUUGCCCUUCUCAUGAAUUACUUCCUCUAAAACUAAAGGCAUAUAACCUUUCCACGUCAGCUCAAGAAAGGUUAAGUAGCUAUCUCUCACAAAGAAAACAAUGUGUAAAUGUAGGGGAACACAUCAGCGGAAUGUCAAAUAUCAUUAAAUGUGUACCACAAGGAUCAAUUCUAGGCUCCUUAUUCUUUGACUUCUUCAUCAAUGCCUCUUUUUCUUUGGAAAUAAAUGCAAUCUCUACAAUUAUGCAGAUGAUACUUUAUCAAAAUCAGCUAAAUAUUUAGACCAGGUUAUAGCAGCACUUCAAGAUGACAGUCGAUCUCUAAUUAAAUGGUUCUCCUCAAACAAAAUGCAAGCAAACCCAGAAAAGUUUCAAGCUAUCUCUAUUGGCAACAAAACACAAAAGGAAAAUAUUGUCUUUGAUCUAAAUGGAAUAAAAAAAUUCUUGUGAUGAUGGGGUAAAACUAUUGGGUAUCAACAUUGAUUUUAAGUUUUCUUUCAACACACAUAUCAUCAAUAUUUGCAAGAAGGCAGCAAGGCAAUUUAAUGUUCUUAAAUGGAUGGGAAAACAUUUAAGUAAAUUAACAAUACAGUGAUCCCCCAUUAUAACGCCAACAUUUGUACCUCGGCAAUUUUGGCAUUAUAACGAGGGUGACAUUAUAUCGGGGGAGGGGGUAUGUGUACAGCUGUCAUAAGAAAUCAAACAAAUUUUAUCUACUACAUCGUGUUUUGAAUGCCUGGAUAAUCCAGGCGUCCAGUGGUCGUAAAUGACUAGUAAUGGUAGGGGUAUUUAAUGAUUUCCAGUUUUUGUUUAUGUCCAACACGCUUAGACUUCGGUGCAUCCGCCAUACGCAGAUUUCAAAAACAAUACUGCGUAUUUGAACUCAGUUGAUUAUAAUUUACAUAACUUAUCAUCUGCUCCAAACUUUGAUACCUUGAGGACUAAUAGUGGAUAAUUGCCCAAGCCUGCUCACUGAAAUUUUCCUGCCAUUGAUUGGCGAUAAUUAGCGGGGGUGAUUAUAAUGGUAAUUGACCAAAUCGUACCUGUAAAUAGGUUGGCGGAUGGCGGUAUGCAGGGGAUGGUAAUAUAACAGGGUUUUACAUAGCGAGGAAAACGGGACUUCGAACUUUUUUGGCGAUAUGCGGGGUUGGCAUUAUAACGGGGGGGGGGGAUAUACCGGGGGAUCACUGUAUAUCAUUCUUUUAUUAUGUCCAAUUUUAGUGAUUGUCCAUUGACGUAACAUUUCUACACUGAGCAAAAAUACCCACAAAUUUGAAAAGAUACAGGAAAGAACUUUAAGAUUCAUUUAUGAUGAUUACAAAAGCAUGUAUGAAAAUUUAUCAAAUCAAUCAAACUUUCCAUCAUUUAAAACCAGGCGAAUGCGAAAAAUAGCUCUGGAAACUUUAAAAAUCAUUCACAAAAUUAGCCCAGUUUUCCUACAAGAUUUAGUUGUUAAAAAACCCAAUUCAUAUAAUAUUCGACAGACACAUACAUCUGAAAUACCCAAAUCAAGAACAACCAGGUAUGGGAUUAAAUCUUUGAGAUAUGAGGCAGCAAAGCUCUGGAAUUCUCUGCCAAAUAAUGUCAGACAUUUUCAUCAUACAGUCAGUUCUCAAAUCAUAUCCUAAAUUGGUGUGGGGAAGUGAAUUGUCAAUGUAGCUCAUGCAGACUCCAGCCUCUCCUGCCUAAGUCUUAAUUUUUUAAAUCUAAACUAUUAUUGUCACCCGUUAAAUUUACUUUUCCAACUGUAUUAGUGUUGAGUAUCUUACCCUUAAUUCUUCUAUAUUCAUCUGUGUUUUAUACAGCCCCUGUUUAUCUAUGCAUGUUUAUGUAUCACAUCUGCAUUAGUGUUUUGCUUUUUACCUUUUUUAAACCCUGAUUCUUCUGUAUAAGCCUGUUUUGUUUUAUUUUUUGUUGUUCAUAUGGUAAUUUUUUAAUUUUAAAAUGUGGCUGUUUUAUUACUGUGCAUGUAUAUAUACCAUUUGUGCUAUGUGUUUUAUGUUAUAUAGUCGGUUAAAGAGCUUUUUAGCUCAUAUUACUUCUUUAUUGUAAAUAGUUCCCACUGAAAUAAAAAUUAAUUACUGAC